CCAAACAUACUUUACUAAACAGCAUAAAUAUCAUCAUCCUUACCCCAUUCUUUUCCAUCCAAAUUAAGUUCCCAGAAGUAGUUUACAUUAAGAAGAAGACAGGAAAAAUGGCUUCUACUCGGGAGACAAGACAAAAUAUGGAGGUGAUUAAAAAGAAACUGUUCAGAAGUGCCAUGCAGGGUAAAUGGGAUGAAGUUGUGAACAUAUAUAAGGAAAAUGAAGAAGUUCACAUGGCCAAAAUCACAAAAUCAGGGGACACAGCAUUACAUGUAGCAGUUUCUGAUGACCAAGCGCGUAUUGUGGAACAGCUACUACUCAUUAUCCGGGGUAAAGCUAAGGUCAAGGAGGUUCUCAAGAUACAAAAUGAGCGAGGGAAUACCAUUCUCCAUUUAGCAGCAUCUAUGGGGAGCAUGGAGAUGUGUAAGUGCAUUGCUGAUGCACUCCCGGACCUGAUUGGCGCCCGCAACCAUGACAGUGAGACUCCUCUCUUCUUGGCUGCACUACAUGGGAAGAAAGAAGCUUUUAUUUGCCUCGAUGAAAUAUGCGGAUUGGAUAAGGGCAACACUUACUGUAGGAGGAAUGAUGGUGAUACCAUUCUUCAUUGUGCCAUCGCGGGAGAAUACUUUGAUUUGGCUUUUCAAAUAAUUAGCCGGUACAAGAAUCUUGUUAACUCCGUAAAUGAGCAAGGAUUGUCGCCUCUCCAUCUCCUGGCCACCAAACAUUCUGCUUUCAGAAGCGGGAGUCAUUUUCGAUGGUUCACCAACAUCAUAUAUCACUGUAUAUUUGUUGAAAAGCUUAAGGAGGAAACAUUCAAGCAGGAGGAAGCUAUCGUAAAAGCUUUUGAUGAAGAAAAGGAUCCUCUAUGUCCAGAGAACUACCAAACAUGCAUCAAUUUCCUCCGAUUGCCCUGGUCGGCCUUGACAAUACUAUUUGAUCCUGGAAACCGUCCAAACACAAAUCUUGAGCAAUCAGAUCAGAAGACUACCAAUGCUAAUACCGGAAAAGAUCCAAGAACUGGUGGGCAAGCUGAUCUGGAGGAUCCCAGUGGAAACCAAUCAAACAUGAAGGCGAAAGGAGAACUGCAGUCACAAGGGCAUCAACUGAUUCCCUCCAAUUACCACACUUGCUUUAAUAUAAUCAAGUUUGUAUUCAAGGCAAUAUUAGUAAUUCUCGGAUUUGGAUUUAAGGCCGUAAAGAAGGUACGGCAGAAAAAAGAGAAGCACGUAUGGGCUGCACAGAUAUUGGAUGAACUUCUUUGUCAUGCUUCUUUUUAUGAGUACGAAGAUAAUGGAAGAAAUCCUCAACAACCAUCACAGAAGAAGGAUGCUGACACAACACCUUAUAGCAUCUCGGAUGAUCAUGGUGUUUCUUUUGACAACACCUUAGAAAGUCAGCAUCUACCGGGAGGCACAGCAGCUCAACCUUCUUCAGCAACUAAUCAACAGGGUGAAGAUAAAGGAGCUCCCGCAGAUCAAAGCUCACCAGAAGCUCAGCGAAAACAGAAUGACAAUGGUAAAAAUAAGAAAAAUGAACAAGAUAAGAAGAAACCAUCGGAAAUGGAGAGAAAAGAGACACCCUUAUUAGUUGCAGCAAAGAAUGGUGUGGUGGAAAUUGUGGAGAGAAUUCUAGAACUUUUUCCAGUGGCCAUCCAUGACAAGGAUUACCAAAAAAAGAACAUUGUGUUGUUGGCAGUGGAGUACAGGCAACCCCAUGUUUAUGAGCUGUUAGUCAAAAGAAAAGUCCUCAAAGACGCCGUGUUUCGGCACGUGGACAUAGAUGGCAAUAGUGCACUACAUCUGGCUGCAAUGCUUGGAGAGAAUAAGCCUUGGCUUAUACCUGGUGCCGCUUUGCAGAUGCAGUGGGAAAUAAAGUGGUACGAGUUUGUUAAGAGGUCCGUGCCACAACAUUUCUUUGUACGCUGCAACCAGAAGGGUGAGACUGCAAAGGAUAUCUUCACCGAGAAACACAUGGAUCUUGUCCAAGCUGGUGGUGAAUGGCUGUUCAAAACCUCUGAGUCAUGCUCCGUGGUGGCAGCCCUCAUUGCAACCGUGGCCUUUGCAACGUCUUCCACUGUGCCAGGUGGGGUGAAAGAAAAAGUUGGAACACCGACGCUAGAAGACGAGCCGGCAUUUGACAUUUUUGCCAUAUCUUCUCUUGUUGCGCUUUGUUUCUCAGUCAAUGCUGUGAUCAUGUUUCUUGCCAUUCUAACCUCUCGAUACCAAGAGAGAGAUUUUCGCAUCUACUUGCCAAGGAAACUUCUAGUAGGCUUGACAUCGCUCUUUGUGUCCAUAGCUUCGAUGCUAAUCUCUUUCUGUGCCGGACAUUACUUUGUCCUUAUGGAUAAACUGCAAUACACUGCCAUUCUUGUAUAUGCAGUAACCUGCCUUCCAGUAAUCUUCUUUGCCGUGGCACAGUUUCCUCUGUACUUCGAUCUUAUGUGGGCCACUUUUAAGAAGGUGCCACAGCGAAGCUACAAGGUGGCUCCUCUCUAAUGUUUUGCCUUACAUAGAUUUGACUUCGUUGUUUUGGGCUUGUGGAUUCCAUGUUUUAGCGGGUGGUUUCUUCUUAGUGAUGGUGAGAAGAGAUUUUAUUGAUAUUAAGUUUAUGUACAAGUGUCUUCUUCUAUAUUAAAUGUUAUGUGAUUAAAUGAUAUGAUGGACUA